AUGCCUCGCUACUCGCGAAUAGCCAUGUUCAAGGAGCGCUUGGACACUCGUCUCGGUCCUGGCGAUCUCAAUCGCGGCUUAUACAGGCGGCCUAAACCCGUCGGUGGACACAUACAGCAAGAGAGGGGAGCGAGCGACGUCAUGGACGGGGACGAGAGCAACGUGGAUGCCAAGCCCGGAGAUAGAGCCAGCGGCAAUGGGACGGACGACUCGGACGCCGCGACGACGGAGGAUAUGAGGCCAACGAAGAGACAUAUCGGUCGUCACGAGCGCGAUCUUCGUCCUAUAUCUCAGGAAGUUGGCGAACGAGGCCCUGGGUCGGACUCGGAAGACUGA